AUGGCGGCCAACGGGGUGGACAAGAAUGGCAAGCUGUCGCACCUGGACGGGCAGGCGCCCGAGUCGACGGACUUCGCGAACUACUUCUGCACGUACGGGUACCUGUACCACCAGAAGGACAUGCUCGAGGACCACAAGCGGACGGGCGCGUACUACCGCGCGGUGAUGAACAACAAAAAGUGCUUCGAGGGGAAGGUCGUGCUCGACGUGGGGACGGGCUCCGGCAUCCUCGCGCUCUUCGCAGCGAUGGCGGGCGCGGCCAAGGUGUACGCGGUGGAGGCGACGGACAUGGCGCGCAAGGCCCGCGAGAUCAUCGAGCACAACGGGUACAGCGCGACGAUCGAGGUCAUCCAGGGCACGAUCGAGACGGUGGAGAUCCCGGACAAGGUGGACAUCAUCAUUUCGGAGUGGAUGGGCUACUUUUUGCUGCGCGAGUCGAUGCUGGACUCGGUCCUGUGCGCGCGCGACCGCUUCCUGAAGCCCGAGGGCGCGAUGUACCCGUCGCACGCGCGCAUCCUCAUGUGCCCGAUCCGGUCGUCGGCCAACCACAAGCGCCUCAACGAGUACCACGACAGCAUCCGCGGGUGGGACGACUUCGCGUCGGACAUGCGGCAGACGUACGGCGUGGACCUGGGCGUGAUGGACACGCCGUACGAGGAGGAGCAGCGGCAGUACUUCCUGCGGACCAGCCUCUGGCAGGACGUGCACCCGCAGAGCAUGAUGGGCCCGCCCGUGGUGGUCAAGGAGUACGACUUGAAGGAGGUGACGAUCGAGGAGCUCAAGGCGCCGCUCAAGGCGCAGUUCUCGAUGCCGCUCGACUGCGACGGCCCCGUGGAGGCGCUGUGCGGGUACUUCGACUGCAAGUUCGCCGGGAGCGCGCAGCGGCCGGCGUACCAGACGGUGGAGCUCACCACGGCGCCGGACGCGACGGGCGCGACGCACUGGGGGCAGCAGGUGUUCCUGUGCCACCCGCCGAUCAAGGCGAUGAUGGGGGACCGCAUCGACUGCGACAUCGAGGUGGUGCGCCGGAAGGACAACCAGCGCCUGAUGGAGGUCGCGGUGGCGUACCAGGUGAACGGGGACUCGGACCUCGCGCAGGGCGCGGCGAAGCGCAGCAUCAAGUGGAACAUCGAGUGA